AUGAUUGACGCAGCUGCCGCAGCAGGAACGAAUAUACUUUGCUUGCAAGAAACAUUUAUGAUGCCAUUUGCCUUCUGCACUCGCGAAAGACUGCCCUGGACUGAGUUUGCUGAGUCUGUCGAGAAUGGACCCACAAUUAAAUUCAUGUCUAAUGUGGGUGUGAAAAUUUCCGUUUGUUUUUGCUGCUUAUGCUUUACUCAGUGGUGGAGGCGAAGGUCUAAAGGCCAUUUGGCGGCCAAAUACAACAUGGUCAUAGUUGCGCCAAUCCUCGAAAGAGAUGAAAUGAAGGAUGAUGUGAUUUGGAAUGCAGCCGUCGUUAUAUCUAAUAGUGGAAAGGUUAUCGGCAAGAGUCGCAAAAACCACAUCCCCAGAGUUGGAGACUUCAAUGAGGCGAACUAUUACAUGGAGUCAACACUCGGCCAUCCAGUUUUCCAAACAGCUUUCGGGAGGAUCGCCAUCAAUAUUUGUUAUGGGCGCCAUCACCCGCAGAAUUGGAUGAUGUUUGCCUUGAAUGGUGCAGAAAUCAUCUUCAAUCCAUCCGCCACCACCGGAGACUUGAGCGAACCACUGUGGCGUAUUGAGGCUCGUAACGCUGCAAUUGCCAAUCAUUGCUAUACUGUUGCCAUAAAUCGUGUGGGAACGGAGGAAUUCCCCCACGAAUUCACCUCCGGGAAUGCACGUCCAGGUACCUUAAAUGGGUAUUUGCUAGCAAUCUGCUUCUCUAUGAAAAAACCUAAGCAUUUUUAUCCUACCGUAUUGGCAUGCGCGGCCUGUCAAUCAGCGCUCGUUUUAUUUUUGUUUUGA